AUGCGAAAAUUGGUGGCUGAGAAUGCAAAGGAUUGGCAUAAAAGGCUAUAUGAAGCACUGUGGUUAGAUAGGACCUCACCUAAAAUGGCCAUAGGUAUGACACCAUUUGAAUUGGUAUACGGAGUAGAAGCUCAAUUGUCCUUACCCCUCAAAUUAUCAGCUACUAGGUUGCAAAAAGUGAUAGAAGAUGAAUUCUCGCAAAGUGCUCUGGAAAAGAGAAUUAUGUACCUUUCAAAAAUUGAAGAAGAGAGGCAAGAGUUGGUGGAUCACAUCAAUGCACAUCAGGCCAGGGUAAAGAAAUUUUUUGAUCGCAGAGCUAGACCACGACAAUUUAUGCUGGGAGAUCAAGUCCUGCUCUGGGACAAACGCAGGGAACGAAAAAGGAGCUCAUAG